AUGCAUUUCUUAACUUCAUCAAUCUCGUUGCUCGUCUUGGCUUCCUCGGCAGUUGCUUCCUACACCAACAGUACUUUGACCACGGAGUACACCGUCACUGACUACACCACCUACUGCCCGGAAACAACCACUUUCACCGUUACCAAAUGUAGUCAGGACAAGUGUCAUCCAUCUCCCGUCACCGUUACUUCUCCAGGUACCGUGACUGUCACCGGAACUAUUGUUUGCGACACUCCACCUCCAGCCGUCAUUACUUCAACCAAGUCCAGUGUCGUUGGAGGAACUGUCACUCAAACCACCGUGACCGAUUUCACCACCUACUGCCCUGAAUCCACCGUCUUUACUGUGUCUACUUGUUCCGCUGGCACAUGCAAACCAACCACUGUUUCAGUACCAGGUAAAGCAACCGUCACCAUCUCCGGUGAAGUCGUUUGCCCAACCACCGUUGGCGGAUCCACCACCCCCGUCGUUGUCGUUUCAACCCCAUCAGCUACCUACGUUCCUACCACUUACACCGCCACAGGUUUCACUACUUACUGUCCAGAAUCAACCGUUUUGACCAUCACCACCUGCUCUGCCGGUACCUGUGCUCCAGCUACCUUGUCCCCAACCGCUGGUGAAACCGUUACUAUCCCAGGUGAAGUGUUGAAGACCAGCUCUGUGCCAACCACCGUCACUUCAGCACCAACCCCAGUUUUCCCAACCACCAGCGCUCCAACCACCGUUGCCGCUGUUUCAACCACUGCCCCAGCUGUCUCAACCCCAUCAACGGCUGUUUCCGUCUUGCAAGGCGGUGCAAACUCGCAAACUGUCAACUCAAUUUUGUUGUCAGUCUUUGCCAUUGCUUUGGGUUUCUUUGCUUAA